GGCGGUCUGGCCUGGGGGUGUCGACGGAGCGACGACGCCUCCUGGGUUCCUGGCCACCGGUAUUGGACUGCCGCCGCCGACCGCCGACCGGCGCCCCCAGAAGCAAAAAAACAUGCCGUGUGCGCUAAUUCCACCGGCCUCCGGCAGUAGUCACUACUGAUCUUGGAUCUCCAAUUUUAUCAAACAAAAUCUUGGAUCUUUAUAUUAUAUAUAUACAAGUUUAUGCGGCACAUCCUACCCCAUUGUUACCGGUCGCCAGUGAAUCAAUCGUCUGCUCCUCACAUCUCAGCGCGCCCCUGUUUCUUUCUUCGUGUCGCCUGUUCUUCCCCGUUCCAGCCUUCCAGAAUGAGGGCGGCCAUCGCGCUCGCGAUCUGCGCUCUGUCCGCGCUGCUGGUCGCGGCGCGCGGAUCGGAGAAGCCGGCGACCGCGCCGGUGGCGGCCGUCGACGUGGCGGCGGCCGGCGACCUCCUCCGCUCGGGCGGCCACCGCUACCUGGACGUCAGAACAGAGGAGGAAUUCAGGAUCGGACAUGUGAAGGAUUCCCUUAACGUGCCAUACGUUUUCUUCACUUCACAAGGAAGGGAGAAGAACCCCCAGUUCAUUGAGCAGGUCGCGGCACAUUUCGACAAGCAGGACAACAUAGUUGUGGGCUGCAAAAGUGGAGUAAGAUCUGAGCUAGCUUGUUUUGAUCUUAUGGCAGCUGGAUUUGGAAAUGUGAAGAAUAUGGAAGGUGGUUACGACGCAUGGGUGGAAAAUGACCUUGCUGUGAAGAAACCUCAAGCACAAGACGAACUAUAGCUGAUUCUAUUCUCCAGUUAUUCUUUUGCUUGAUGUGUAUUGUUAGUUUGUUGCUAUUGUAUGGUGGAUAAGUUGAAUGUAGGAUUCAAUGAACAAAACAUAUAGUCUGCUGUGAACAUUUAAAUUAUGUCGAAACUUCUUAACAAGAACAUGCUCCUUUACAAACAAGGUGGGAAUGAAUGAAAGUGGUUACAGCGUGCUAGCUA